AUGGGGGACCCCACGCAGCCACCCGGGGGGACGGCAGAGGCUGGGGGAGAGGCGGGGGGGGAGGCUGCAAAGGGUGCCGGGGGAGAGGCCAAGGGAGGGGAGGACGGUGGGGGUGAGGCCAAGGUGGAAGCAGCGAAGGAUACUGGGGGUGAGGCCAAGGGAGCAGAAGAUGUUGGGGGUGAGGCCAAGGCGGAGGCAGCAAAGGAUACUGGGGGUGAGGCCAAGGGAGCAGAAGAUGUCGGGGGUGAGGCCAAGGCGGAGGCAGCAAAGGAUACUGGGGGUGAGGCCAAGGGAGCAGAAGAUGUCGGGGGUGAGGCCAAGGCGGAGGCAGCAAAGGAUACUGGGGGUGAGGCCAAGGGAGCAGAAGAUGUUGGGGGUGAGGCCAAGGCGGAGGCAGCAAAGGACACUGGGGGUGAGGCCAAGGGAGCAGAAGAUGUCGGGGGUGAGGCCAAGGCAGAGGCAGCAAAGGACACCGGGAGUGAGGCUGAGGGGGGGACAGCAAAGGGUGCUGGGGGUGAGGCCAAGGCAACGGAGGCUGCUAGGGAUGAGGGCGAGGUGGAGGCUGCGAAAGGUGCCGGGAGCGAGUCCGAGGCAACAAAGGAUGCCGGGAGGGAGGCCGAGGGAGCGGAGGCUGCGGGGGGCAAGGCCGAUGGGGAGGCAGCGGAGAAGGCUGUGAAGGAUCCUCCAGCGGCAGAGGCUGCUGGGGGCAAGGCCGAGGCGGAGGCCAGGGGCCUGGAGGAGGCCACGCCACAGGAGAAGGCUGAGCCGGUGGCAGCAGGCGGCCCCCGGGGCCGGCAGGCCCGACAGGAGCCCACCUGGCUACAGGACGAGGAGGACGAGCUGUGGCCCGAGUUCCCCCCGUGCUCACCCACCACAGAGGGGGCCGCCAGCCCCACGUCCCCCCUCUCUCCCUCAUCCCCUGUGUCGCCCAUGUCCCCUACGUCUCCCCUGUCCCCUGUGUCCCCCACAUCCCCCACAGCUGGUGCUGAGGGCUCGGGAGGCAGCGAGAGGGGUGCGUCCCCAGGGGGGCCGCGGGACCGGGCGCCCCCCAGGGUGGUGGCCGUGGGGCGGCCACGGGCGAGUGCCAAGGCACAGGGGCGCAGCGCCAUCCUGGAGAAGUUUGGAGGGGCAGCCAAGGGCCCGGCCCCGCACCUGAAGCGCCCGGGGGGCGCCGGCUCGGUGAAGGCCAUGCUGCUGGAGUGGUGCCGCGCCAGGACCCGCGGCUACCAGCACGUGGACAUCCAGAACUUCUCGGGGAGCUGGGGCAACGGCCUGGCCUUCUGCGCCCUCGUCCACAGCUUCUUCCCCGACGCCUUCGACUACAGCGGCCUGGAGCCACACGACCGCCGGCACAACUUCACCCUGGCCUUCGCCACCGCAGAGGCGCAGGCCGACUGCGCCCCGCUGCUGGACGUGGAGGACAUGCUGCGGCUGGCAGUGCCCGAUGCCAAGUGCGUCUACACCUACGUGCAGGAGCUGUAUCGCAGCCUGGUGGCCAAGGGGCUGGUGAAGACCAAGAAGCGCUGAGCCCCCUCCCCGGCCCCCAGCACCCACCCCGCUCCCCACCCCAGCGCUUCGUCCCCCCGCGUGGAUCCCCGGCAGUAAAGGUUUGCAGUGCCCGGC